UACGUCUGGUGGGCCCUACUCCUUACGAAGGUCGGGUGGAAGUGUACUACAAUGGCACUGGCUGGGGUACCGUGUGCGACGACCACUUCAACGACAAGGCUGCCGCUGUGGUGUGCCGCAUGAUGGGCUUCAACACGACCGUUGCUACGGUGAGGGGCACCCACUACUACGGCAGUGGCAGCAGUUUGCGAUGUCGAUCCUGCUGGACGAGGUCGACUGUCAAGGCGACGAGACCAACAUCUUCCAGUGCGGCUUUGCGCCCAUCGGCACCACCGACUGCGGCCACUCCGAGGACGUGGGCGUACUGUGUCAGGGCCCCACCACUUCCGCAACUUCACUCAAGGCGCGACUGGUGAACGGCUCCAGCACAUCGGAGGGUCGGUUGGAGGUCUUCUACAACGGCUCCUGGAGCACCGUCUGCACCCACGGCUUCGGGCAGAAGGAAGCUCAGGUGGCCUGCAGGAUGCUGGGUUUCAACAGUCCCGGUGUUACGGUAAUGCCGCCCUCAUUUUACGGCCCUGGUCAAGGCAGCAUCUUGCUGGAUGAUGUGCGCUGUUCCGGAAGUGAGACCAACUUACAGCAGUGUGGAAACAAAGGCUACUACAAUCACGACUGCACUCACAGAGAUGAUGUUGGCAUCAUCUGUAAUCCAAUACCUGUAGCUUUUCGCCUGUCGGGUGUUCAUCGUACCCGAUUUGACAGAGGUCGGCUGGAAAUCCGGGUGAAUGGUAAUUGGGGCACCGUGUGUGAUGACUACUUCAACAACAAUGCAGCCAAAGUCGUCUGCCGGCAGCUGAGAUACCCAUCAUAUGCGGCGAUGGCCGUGUAUGGAGCGCCAUUCGGACAGGGACAGGGUCCUAUCCUGCUGGACAACGUGCGGUGCUUGGGAAACGAGAGCAGUCUCAUGAACUGCCUCCACGAUCCCAUAGGCGUCAGCAACUGCGAUCAUUCGGAGGAUGUCGGCAUCAUUUGUAGUGAUGUUACCCCAGCAAGCGGCAACAUGACAGCCCGCCUGGUCGGGGGCAAUGCAACGGAGGGGCGACUGGAGGUCAACUUUAACAACCAGUGGGGCACCGUGUGCGACGACUACUUUAGUGACGUUGACGCCCAAGUUGUGUGCGCCAUGUUGGGAAUCACUGGCGGGCUGCCACGGAUGCUGCCUAUUGGCACGUACCCGCCGGGCACGGGUAUCAUCUGGAUGGACGACGUUGACUGCGUCGGCAACGAAACCAACCUGGACGCCUGCAAACAUCGGCAGCUCGGCACCAACAACUGCGACCACAGCGAGGAUGUCGCCGUUGCUUGCGGACCGAUGAUUCCAACCAUCACCCAGAUUCGCUUGGUUGGAGGAGAUGACCACCAAGGUCGUGUUGAAAUUCAGCACAACGGUUUCUGGGGGACGUUGUGUGACGACAGCUGGGGUAUCAAAGAGGCUCGGGUAACCUGCAACCAGCUGGGGUUGACAAAUGUCGUUCCUGUGCCAAUGGCAAACGCUUACUACGGCCAAGGAAGUGGUCAGAUCUGGCUGGACGAGGUGGAUUGCCUUGGCAACGAGACAAACCUGGACAAAUGCAGGCACAAGCCCUUCGGCUACAACGACUGCGACCACUCCGAAGACGCUGGUCUGCUGUGCAUGACACCGCCGACUAGCCCUGCCCCCUUUGUCGUUCGCCUUAGCGGCGGAGCGUCGAUGUACGAGGGUCGGGUGGAGGUGCGGUACAAUAACUACUGGGGUACUGUCUGUGACGACAACUUUGAGCCCGUUGAUGCUCAGAUCGUGUGUCGCACCCUGGGUUACAGUGGAGGAAGAAUACUGACCCAUGUAGGUGCAGGCCGGGGUCCUAUCUGGAUGGAUGACCUCGGCUGCACAGGAAGCGAGGCAACUCUUGACCAGUGUCCUUUUAACGGCUGGGGCGAACAUGACUGCGACCACAAGGAAGACGUGGGGGUGUCAUGUGAGAAUCCGGGUGAGAUGGACCUGCCCGUGCGACUUGCAAACGGAGGAGGUCCGGACUCUGGGAGGGUGGAAGUAGAGUACAACGGUCGAUGGGGGACAGUGUGUGACACCAACUUCGACAACAACGUCGCUGCCGUCAUCUGUCGUCAGCUCGGCUACAGCACUGCCACUGCGCAAGCGUUCGGCGGUUCCCAUUUCGGGGCGGCGCCCGACGAGUACAUUGCGUGGGUGAGCGGCAUCCAGUGUGUGGGCGCCGAGCCUUGGAUUGGUCAGUGCAACAUCUCCAUGAACACUGGCGCCUGCGACAACACCCACACUGCCGGCGUGGCCUGUAAUGGAGGCCCACUGCCAGCGAUCAACGUGCGUCUGGUCGGUGGUGGCAACAGUCAGGAGGGCAGAGUAGAGAUCAGCUUUAACGGGACCUGGGGCACCGUGUGUGACGAUUACUGGGACCACGACGACGCAGUGGUCAUUUGCCGGAUGCUGGGCCUGCCAACUAAUAACGUCAUUCCCCGGGGUGGCGGCUAUUUCAUCUCGGGUACCAGGCCCACCAAGAUCUGGCUGGACGACCUCAAAUGCCUCGGGUCUGAGACCUCCAUCGCGCAGUGUCCUCACGCUGGGUGGGGGAAGAGUAACUGUCUGCAUUCAGAGGACGCUGGGGUCGUCUGUGGAGGAUCAGUCCCGAUGUCUCCUAUUCGUCUCGUUGGCGGGCUCACCACCCACGAAGGUCGCGUUGAGAUUUUCUACAACAACACGUGGGGCACCGUCUGUGACGACUUCUUCGGAACCGAAGAGGCCACGGUUGUCUGCCGAACCCUUGGCUUCCAAACUCAGGGCGCGGUGGCGUUCCCCAGAGGUCGGUACGGGGCAGGCACGGGGACGAUCUGGCUCGAUGACGUCAGCUGCGCGGGGUCGGAGCAGUACCUGGACAUGUGCGCCUACAGACCCUGGGGUCACAGCAACUGCGCUCACAGGGAGGACGUCUCGGUGUCUUGUGGAGGUGUUCCUACAUCCGCAAUGAUUCGGUUAGUUGGAUCCUCCAAUAAUUCUGCCGGCCGUGUUGAGAUGAAGGUAAAUGGCACCUGGGGUACCGUCUGCAGCGACCUCUGGAACACAAUGGAUGCCAUGGUCGUCUGUGGGAUGUUGGGCUUCAGCAGGACAGGUUCUCAGGCAGUGGUCAGCUCCCAGUUCGGCCACGGCAGCGGGCCCAUCUGGCUGGAUGACGUGCAAUGCACGGGCUACGAGGAGAGUCUCCUGAACUGUAGAUCGAAGCCCCUCGGUCAGACCAACUGUGACCACACGCAGGAUGCAGGCGUCAUCUGCUCCGGCACUCCGCUGCAGAUAAGGCUAACUCCUGGCCCCAGCCAAGGAUUUCUGGAGGUUCAGAUCAACGCCACGUGGGGGAGCGUCUGUGACAGCGGCUUGGAAGGGGCUCCAGGUCAGGCAGUGGCACGUGUAGUGUGUCGACAACUCAACCAGCCCUUUUCCGGGGCAUACAGCGUCACGCAUGGCCGCUUGGGGCAGGGCAGCGGUCCGGUUGUGCUGGACGCACUCAGCUGUACAGGGCAGGAGAACUUUCUGGGCCAGUGUAGACACAAUCCUGCAGGAGCUGUUCUUUGUCAGCCUUCACAGACACUUGGCAUCGUCUGCGCAGCAGCAACAACUACAACUGUGACAACGCCACCAUCAACAACCCCAGCCCCGGUUAUCGACUACAUCACUCUGGGAGGAAACUUCACUGCCUACUCAGGCAGGGUAGAUGUGUACCACAAUGGCAUGUGGGGAACCGUGUGCAACCAUAACUGGACCAACCAAGACGCUUCUGUUGUCUGCAAAAUGCUGGGAUACUCUGGGCAGAACGCGACAGCACUGGUGAACUCGCAGGUGUACGGGGCCGGAACAGGGAUCAUCUGGCUGGACAACGUGAAGUGCGACGGUACGGAGACCAACAUCGGGGCCUGCCACUCCUGGAACUGGGGUACUACCAACUGCGUGCACAGCCAGGAUGUGGGAGUCGCCUGCGCCCCAGGUCAGUUGCCGAACAAUUUCCUGUUGUUCACUGAGACGACGAAAAAUGGUAGUAAUAUAAUCCGUAUGGACAUGACCUCCUACAGCUACAUCACCAUUCCCCUGCCGGGACUGGGCCGUCCGUUCGCCAUAGAUUACGACUACAUCAACUCAAAGAUGUACUGGACGGACUUAGCUACCAAACAAAUUCGGUCUGCGAGGGUGGACGGAACGCAGAACAGGACUGUCCUGGCGCUGGGAGCAAACUCUGAUGCGGAGGGUCUGGCGGUCGAUCCUGUGUCUGGCCUCCUCUUUUACACGGACACCGGAAGUAACAUCAUAGCCCUCGUGACUUUAGUCGGCUUCCAACGGAAAGUGGUAAUCAGCACCGACCUUCAACAGCCUCGCCCCAUUGUGCUUGAUGUCAUGAAUGGCAUCAUGUUCUGGGCUGACUGGGGUUCGAAUCCAAAAAUCGAGCGGGCCAACUAUGACGGUACUUCUCGACAGGCUAUCAUUACAAGCGACCUCACCUGGCCCAACGCCCUGGCACUGGAUAUUCCUAAUCAGCAGAUUUUCUGGGUGGACUCCAGUGACAGCUAUGACGACAAGGUGGAGUACUCUGACCUCUUCGGAGACAAUCGGAUGGCCAUCUACUCGGAGCCGAGAACCCACUUCGUGGGCAUGGCGCUGUACAACGGACACAUCUACCUCAGCGACUGGCAAUCCAGGUCACUGAAGCACUUACAGACAGAUGGAACAUAUGUAAUGAAUGUAGGAACUCCGACCUUUGGGUACAUCAACGAUGUGCUCGUACACGUAGAUGGUGCGGAUCCACAGGGACCCAACGGAUGCACCCAGAAUACGGAACUGUAGCCGGAUUUGUAUCCCAAGACCAAGCAACAGCUUCCUUGCAUGUGUCCUGACGGACUGUUCUUGCAGACAGACGGCAGCACGUGUGGCAGAACACCUACAUGUCCAGCCAUGGAGGCACCCUUAAAUGGAACCGUCACCUGCAUCAGCGGCCCGUCUAUCGUUAAAACCAUCUGCACCCUCGGAUGUGCACCCGGAUUCGUCCUCACCACCUCAUCCUCUAUGGAGUGUCUCUCAACUGGGUACUGGGACUCUCAUUACAACCCCAACAUCUGCUUAGAUGUCCAACCGCCCGUAAUCCAGUGCCCGGGGAACGUCAACACGAUCGCAGCGCAGGGAAACACCUCCGCCGUCAUCUCGUGGCCGCCGCCUACUGCCACCGACAACAGCGGCAGCGUCAACAUCAUCGUCAGCAUGACUUCGCCCAUAGUCCUCAGCGAGGGCGUCUACAACAUCACCGCCACGGCCUUUGACGCCACGGGUCUCAGUGCCACGUGCACUUUCUCGGCCACUGUGACUGUGGGAAGAUGCCAGCCCUACACGGUGCCCCAGAACGCUCAGCUGGUGAGCCUAUCCUUGCCCCACCCACUACGGUGCCACGUGCCAGAUAGCGUGCCUCCCGGGUUAUCAGAUGGCUAACGGGCCUCCGAUAACCACAGUCACCUGUGGGAGCUCCUACACCUGGGCACCGUCUCUGCCGUCAU